AAGCGUAGUUUUCACUUUUCAGUUUCCAGCGUUCUCUUGUUACACAUCGUCGUUUUCUUCUUCUUCUUCUUCUUCUUCUUCUUCAAUGCUUUGAUCUUUUUCUCUCACACAGGGUAGUGAGCUGGUCGUUCAUGGCUCUCUCCUCCAAAUUUCCACACCAGUUCAACCUCAUUAGGACUUUUGUGAAUGCGAAGGUCAAAUGGGUUCAAGACCCAUAUCUUGAUACUGCUGUCCUGAGAGAGAAAGAUCUCAAACAGGCAAUUUCCCUCAAGAACCAAAUCAUUUCAUCUCCUUCCAAAUCCCUCUCCAUGUACACUGCUUCUCUGCUGAAAGCUUCCCUCAACCUUCCCACUACAACUACCAAAUUCAUUGACAAAUAUCAUUGUGUGUUCACUCAAUUCCAACCCAGUCCUGGUCUCCAUCCUCAUGUCAAGCUUACUCCUCAAGCUCUAUCACUCCACAACGAAGAAUUGGCUGUCCAUAACUCUCUCACCAACCGUGAAGACACUGUUCAGAGGCUUGCAAGGCUUCUGAUGCUUGCUGGCAUGGCGAAGUUGCCUAUAUAUGUAAUUGAGAAGCUAAAAUGGGAUAUGGGUCUUCCUCAUGAUUAUGUUACGACUCUUUUGUCUGAUUACCCUGAUUAUUUUGAUGUUUGUGUUGUGGAAGAUCCAUCAUCUGGAAAAGAAUUGCUUGCUUUAGAGCUUGUUUCAUGGAGAAAGGAGCUUUCUAUGUCUGAGUUAGAGAAGAGGGCGAGCUUGGGCUAUAGUGAAGAUAAAAGAAGACAUGAUAUUGCGUUUCCCAUACUUUUGCCAAAAGGUUUUGAUUUAGAGAAGAGGGUGAAGACUUGGGUUGAGGAUUGGCAAACAUUGCCUUACAUUUCUCCAUAUGAAGAUGCGUUUCAUCUUGACCUGAACAGUGACCAGGCAGAGAAGUGGACAGUGGCGAUUUUGCAUGAGUUGCUUUCUCUUCUAGUGUCAAAGAAGACAGAGAAAGAGAAUUUGCUUUGUUUUGGAGAGUGUUUGGGGUUGGGCUUGAGAUUUAAGAAGGCUUUAGUACAUCACCCUGGUAUAUUUUACAUUUCCAAUAAGAUUAGGACUCAGACUGUUGUGCUUAGGGAGGCUUAUAGAAAGGAUUUUUUGGUUGAGAAACAUCCAUUGAUGGGUAUGAGAUAUAGGUACAUUUACCUCAUGACCAAGAUGUAGAAGGACCUUUAAAAGCUGAUUUGGAGGAUUAUCAUGAAGUUGAAGCUUAGCUAUUGAACCUGAAGUAGUUUUGAGUUCAAACUAUCCAACACAGUAAUUGCGUCUGAUUUUCGAAUACUGCUUAUUAAGUUGUGUUCCUUUGAAAUAUAUUGGUUGCAAGUUAAAGAGCAAAUGUAUGACAAGAUUUCUCCAGCCCUUGUUUGACAAGAUUUCUGCCCCACCAGCCUUUGUUAUUGAUUUAUUGUUAUUAGUUAUGACUUAGAUUAAUGAUGAUUGUAUCUUU